AUGCGCCUGCUGACCAAAAGGCUACAAAUACAAUCGACCAUCAAAUCGCAUGCUCUCUAUCGCUUCUCGUCAUCGCGCAGCCCGCAGAAGAACGAGGAACCUCGAGGCGGCACCACCACGCCUGUACCGGAUGAAGCCUCAAUUGUGGUUUCAAAGUCGGCAUACUACUUCGAGGCUGGCUAUGGCCUCUUCGCCAAACGACCAUCACGACCUUUCCCGCCACCCUUCCUAUCACCUCCCUCAGGCUCCUUCUCAGAUCCGCUGAGUACUCAUGACCGAAGCCGCGACCGCCGUCCCUCAGUGAACGGUGUUAUGAUCCGCGGUAUCACCAACGGUGAUGAUGCUGUCCUGGUCAGCGACAACUUCAUAGCUGCAAACGAUGGUGUAGGAGCAUGGGCUAGUCGCGAAAGAGGACACGCUGCCUUGUGGUCGCGCCUCAUACUCCACUUCUGGGCCCUCGAGGCCGAGAAAGACGCAUACGGUGAUGACUCGGAGCCGGAUCCCGUCACAUAUCUCUCAAAAGCCUACCAACGCACCAUAGAUGCGACCAGUAAACCAAACGAAUGGUUUGGCACCACUACUGCUUGUGGCGCCUUUUUGCACACUGGUGCCGACAACCCGCCCCAUCCUAUACUCUAUGUAACCCAACUUGGUGAUUCUCAGAUACUGGUCAUACGACCAGAAAAACGCGAGAUCAUAUACAAAACUGCCGAGCAAUGGCACUGGUUCGACUGUCCACGACAGCUUGGUACCAACAGUCCUGACAUACCCGAUAAGAACGCCGUCAUGGACAAGGUCACAAUCGCAGAAGACGACAUCAUUCUGGCCAUGUCUGAUGGCGUCGUGGACAAUCUCUGGGAACACGAAGUUGUCGACAAUGUCCUGAAAAGUAUGGAGAAAUGGCGAUCCGGCAGUGUCCCUCAAGUGAUGCGUUCAGAUGACCAGAGUACCUACGCCGGGGGUAUGCAGUUUGUUGCCCAGGAGCUUGUCAAGGCAGCUCGCACCAUUGCCCAAGAUCCUUUCGCAGAGAGUCCGUACAUGGAACGUGCGAUCGAAGAAGGUCUCUCAAUAGAGGGCGGGAAACUCGACGACAUCAGUGUUGUCGCAGCUGUGUGCAAAAAGCGGAUGGGCAGAUGA